AUGUCGAGCUGCUUCAGCUGUUUCUCGGGCAUGACCCGGUCGCAGACCUCCAAGGACCUGGGGAAGGGCCCUGCGAUCGCUCUGGCGCUCCACCAUGGGAACUUGGACUGGGAAGGCGAAUUUCCCAGUGCCUGGAAGGACAUGAAGCCGCAGACGCCCUUCGGAGAGCUGCCGGUCUUGGAAGUCCCCGGACAAGGCCUCAUCGGCCAGGAGGCGGCGAUCCUCCACUACUUGGCCCUCAAAGAGCCCCUCUUGGCCGGCGCGGAUGACGAGGAGAUGGUCACCUCCUUUCAGAUCUUGGGCGCGGCCGAAGACAUUUACCAGACGCUUUGGCGUCGGGGCAGGCUUGCCGUUUUUGCACAGGACAGGGAUUGCCAGGUUCACCAAGGACAGGGUCGUGUUUUUUACCCAGACACUCAUGGAUCAUAUGGAGUGGACUCCCUUUAUACAUGGAGCAAUGGGACUGUUUGGAGGGUCACGAGUCGUCCGACGUACGGAGCAUGUGACCUUUGGAGCGGUGAUGUCGGGGCGUGCCCAUGGCUCAUCGAUGUUCAUCGUUGCCGGAGGGUCGAGCCAUCUGAGUUUCAGAGAACCUGA